AUGUCGCACCCAAGUCGGAGCUUUCCGCCUCCCUUCAGCUUCGUUGUUGAAGAACCUUAUUCUUUCGAUGGUCAAGUACCUCAACUGAGCAUCAACACCACACAGCCAUGGAUGUCAUCAUCAGGGCCACGGAGUGUGCAGCACCAGAUGCCCAGUCCAUCGGCCUCUAUACGGACUGUCGUGACUGCUCCCGAUCCAAGGUCGUUCAACCAGUCGAGCUUCCAUCAAGCCAACCGAUCCCCAAUAGGGCAUAACAUCGAUCCCAAUCUACCCGACAACCUGUCGCUACUUGCUCCUUCUGGCCAUGUCUCUCGACCUAGCUACAGUUUAAUUGCGCGCCAUUUUCAAGAUCAGCCAUGGAGCGCAGGUAAUUUGAGAAGUUCAGAUACUAGCGGCGGUCGCAGUCCGCUUAACCAGCCCGCCGUGCAAUAUGGGUCCUACCGUGGAGUUCCAAGUCCGGGUUCCGACAUCGACAGUAACGUCUUGCCGUCUGAUUCAGGCUAUCAUUCCCAGCCCCCGCAAUCUGUCUUCAGCAAUGAACCGGGUCAAAGAAGUCAGGAUGUACCUUCAAGUAUCCCUUUUCCGGAUUGUAAUCUGAAUAUCGAGUCUACUCCAAGCGAGGCUCCUGCAAUGAGACGGAUGACCUCAGAUCAGAUCUCCCAGAUUAGCGGUCGGAGUGAGAAGUCCGGCAAAUCACUCCUAUGUUACGAGUGCGACGUCGUGUCUAAGUGCAAUUCAGACCUGAAGAAACACAUGCUCAAGCAUAAGAAGCCUUUCAAGUGUGACAUACCCAAUUGCAAGCGAGAUGGGCAAGGUUUUACUACCAUCAAUGAUCUUGACAGGCACAAGAAGAGCGUUCAUCGGAUAGGCUUACGGACGAACAAGUCGUAUCAGUGUGCAUCGCCAAAUUGCAGGAGUAAGGAGAAGAUAUGGCCACGCCUUGACAACUUCAAGCAACAUAUCGAACGCCUGCACAAGGACGAAGACGAGGAUGCUCUCAUUAAAAGAUCUGUGUUUCGCCCCUUGCAGCGGGCAUCUAUUGGCGAGAGCACCACUGUGGCUCCUAUGGAUACUAACCUCGCUGUGGCUGGAAUGGAGAAGUCGUUCUCAGACAAUCCCGCUAUGAAUGCUGUGCCUGCACUGGACCUGCCUCUAGAUCAAAGCGCUCGUCGAUGGGCCUCACUGAGAAGAACUCCUAGUGAUCUUGCGAAGGAUGUUUGCCAAUUACCAAGCCAUUCCACUGGGUCCGCUGUGGGGGAUACCACAGCUGCCUCCCAAGAACUCCAAGGGCCACCAUCGUAUAUCUCUCAACGUGCAUCGGGAACAAUGACCCGACGAGAAUCCCAAAUACUUCAUGCCAAUGCAGAAUUACAUAUUGUGUCAGAACAGCCUGCAUUGAAGACGCAAGGGCAAACGGCGCGCCCUUCGCUGUCGAAUGCUCCGCAGACUAAGGCCGAGCAGCAAAGAUCAACACUUGAAAAGGCUUCGCAGGCUAUCACUGGAAAAUCCCAGUCCUCAUCACCAUCCGAUCCCGUGAAUCUCGAGGACCUGGUCUUGCGCAUCCUUCACAAGGCGACUAAUUCAGCAUUAGCGGAACGGGACGCUAAAUCUCCACAGCAAACUCAUAAUACCCAGGAGUCUCAGAACUGCAAUACACCCGUGAUUCUUACCCAGCGCGAGGCACUGAAGGCUUCACAGACAAUCUCUAACAUGAUCGGAAAAUGGCCGGGGUUUACGUACACGGUGCCGCGUCGCCCCACUCAAGGUUUCAUCUCAAAUGCGAAGGUCUGUCCGAAAUGUGACUACGCGGUAGCUCGCGAUUGCGAUCUGCGAAAGCACAUGAAGCGCCACGAGAAGCUGUAUGGCUGUACAUAUCCCAAAUGCCACAAGCGUUUUGGGGCAAAGUCUGACUGGAAGCGCCAUGAGAACAGCCAGCACUUCCAGCUCGAGGCGUUUCGCUGUGCGGAAGCAGUAGCGGGACUACAUUGUUCCCAAGCGACCUGUGGUCAACACUUCUUCCGAGCCAGGCCAUUCGAGGACCAUCUUGCCACUCAGCACAAGAUGUUGGACCCCGUCCAGUUGAAGGAAAAAGCCAAGUUUUGCAAGAUCGGAAAGAACUGCCAAGGAAGCUUCUGGUGUGGCUUCUGUGGCCAAGUCAUAGAAUUAAAGCAAAAAAGAAACGCAGCAUGGGACGAGCGAUUUGAUCACAUCGCUUGUCACUUUGAGAAGGGCAAGAAGAGUAUUGACGAAUGGAUCUGUGUGGAAGAAAACAAAAGAAAGAAACAUCUAUCUGAAGAGAUGGAUAGCAACGUCUUGGACGAUGAGAAUGAGACUGAGAGGGUGGAUGUUGAUGUAGACGGCGAUUUCCCACCGCCGGCGGCGCCAAACGCCCCUGAGGAAGUACCAAUGCCGAGGGGUCAGGCUACACCACCACCGCCGCCGCCGCCGCCACAGGUCUUUGCAGAAGGAAACGAUAGGAAAAGACAGGCUUCUGCUGACUCUCCAGGCCCUCAAAGACGCAUGAAGCGAAGGCAAGCAACGAUUAUACCAAAUAGAUACUGUUGCUCAUGUUCAAGCGGCCCGUGUGGUGAUUGGCAAGCGUCUUGCGCAGACUGCGAACACCAGCUGUGCAUUAAUUGCACUUUCACCAACGAGUUGUGGAUGGAACCAAUUUACCAGUAA